AUGUUAGCUGCUCUGAUUGAAAGGUGGAGGCCUGAGACCCACAGCUUUGUAUUGCCGAUCGGUGAGGUUACAGUGACAUUAGAGGAUGUCGCUCAUAUAUUUGGCCUCCCCAUUAAUGGAGAGCCUGUCAGUGGAUGGACAGAUAGUAGUAGCGAGUUCGUUCAAAGUCAGGGCAUAGCGAUAUUCGGUCGUGAGCCAUCAGUUAGUCAAAAUGCGAAGUCCUAUAUAAAGUUGGGUUGGGUUCGACGUAUUAGAGACGCAGAGCCGUUAGAUACUGAGGAGUCCAUCAGGAGAUACGUCAGAUGUCAUAUCUUCUGUUUGUUAGGGUCGACCCUAUUUACGGACAAGUCGACCGCAUAUGCCCAUGCGAAAUAUCUACUAUUGCUUCGCGAUUUCGAGCAUAUCCAUACUUAUAGUUGGGGGUCAGCUUGUCUCGCUCAUCUUUACAUAGCACUAUGCCGUGCAUCACGAUAUGAUACAAAGGAGAUGGAUGGCCCUCUGAAUCUGUUGUUUGUUUGGGCAUGGGAGCGAAUGCCGUGUCUUGCUCCCGUACCGAGACAAACCCUUCCACCCGCCGAGAUACCAGUUGGCAGGAGGUGGAGUCAUUCGGAAUGGACCACAGCGUGGUUAUCCAAGACCGUAGAGACAUUCAGGCAUGACAUAGACUACAUGCAAGAGUUUGAGUGGCGGCCGUAUCACCGAUUGAUCGUUCCGGACGAGUUAUAUCCCCAUCUUGAGGUGUGUGACAUCGUUGCUCCGUUGUUGUCAUUCGAGUGUGUCGAGUGGCACCUUGCGGACCGAGUGAUGCGUCAGUAUGGAUAUGCACAAGCUCCUCCGCGGGCAGCAAGGGAUAUUCCAGUUGAUCAACAUUGCAUCGUUCUACGUGGAGUGCAGCAACAUGACUGGACAGUUUUACAUGGGCCAUGGAUAGAGGAGUGGGCCAACAGGCGACACAGUCGAUUGCGGGAUCAGCACCCCCUUCUGACCUGGGAUUUUUUCCCGACGGUAGAGUAUCGGGAUUGCCACCGGCCUACAGUCAUGGUAGCCAUCACUCUCAGGGCAGUCACCACUCUCAGCACAGCCCCCACGCUCAGAGCAGCCACCAUUCUCAGCACAGUGACCACGAUUGGUUUGACUUCUCCAGCGGCGGAGAUGCUGGUUUGGGUGGCUGGUCAGAUUUUAGUGGUAUCCUUUCACUGUCGGUGUCAGCUGAUCCACGUAGGGCAUCAGUAG